GGGUAACCGGUAGCCCCAUGGUUCGUUCGCCUCUGAAGACAGCCAUUGGAGAUCUCUUCCUUCACCUUCAGAGCUUCAACAGUGACUACCUACCUCUACUCUCCAACUGCUGCCUUUCUAGCCCUAGUUGAAAACAUUCAAGAAGAUAUGGCAGUGAUUGCAUCUGCUCCUGGGAAGGUUCUGGUUACUGGAGGUUACCUGGUUUUGGAGAGGCCUAAUGCCGGGAUUGUACUAAGUACAAAUGCUCGAUUCUAUGCAAUUAUUAAGCCACUUUAUGAUGAACUUAAACCAGACAGUUGGGCUUGGUCAUGGACGGAUCUGAAGUUGACUUCUCCUCAGAUGGACCGAGAAACUAUAUACAAAAUGUCACUAAAGCACUUUAUUCUUCAGUGCACUUCGAGUGAAACAAGAAACCCUUUUGUGGAAUAUGCCGUGCAAUAUGCCGUUGCAGCAGCAUAUGCAACAUUUGAUGAUGCCAAGAAGGAUGUAUUGCAGAAACUGCUUCUGCAAGGUAUUGAUAUUACAAUUUUAGGCAGCAAUGACUUCUAUUCCUACCGGAAUCAGAUUGAAGCACGUGGGCUCCCCUUAACCCCCGAAUCCUUAGCAUCCCUCCCACCCUUUACUUCGAUUACCUUCAACUCUGGACAGUCAAACGGAGAAAAUUCCAAGCCUGAAGUUGCAAAAACUGGUUUGGGUUCUUCUGCAGCUAUGACAACGGCAGUGGUUGCUGCCUUACUAAAUUACUUUGGGGUUGUUGAUCUCUCAUCUUAUAGUGGAGCCCAACAUCAAGAAAAUUUAGACGUGGUGCAUAUCAUAGCCCAAACGGCUCACUGCAUGGCACAGGGAAAAAUUGGCAGUGGAUUUGACGUCAGUUCAGCUGUUUACGGAAGCCACCGUUAUGUACGGUUUUCACCAGAAGUUAUUUCUUCUGUGCAGGAUGCAAUCAGAUUUAUGCCACUAGAAGAAGUUAUUGCUGAGGUCUUAAAGUGCAAGUGGGAUCAUGAGAGGACCAAAUUUUCCUUGCCACCAUUAAUGAAUCUGUUACUAGGUGAGCCAGGUACUGGAGGAUCAUCGACUCCAUCUAUGGUUGGUGCUGUCAAAAAGUGGCAAAAAUCUGACCCCCAAAAGUCCCUAGACAUGUGGAAGAAGUUAUCCGAGGCGAACACAACACUAGAAGCACAAUUAAAUUUAUUGAGCAAAUUGGCAGAAGAACAUUGGGAAUCGUAUAAAAGUGUCAUCUACAGUUGCAGCAUGCAUCAAUCAGAGAAGUGGAUGGAGCAAGCCAGUGAAGCAAUUAGCCUUGAAAUUGUCAAAGCAUUGUUUGGAGCUCGGGAUGCGAUACUUAACAUCAGGUGUCACAUGCGGCAGAUGGGGCAGGCUGCUGGAAUCCCUAUAGAACCCGAAUCACAAACUCGACUUUUGGAUACUACCAUGAACAUGCCUGGAGUCCUGUUGGCAGGCGUUCCUGGGGCAGGAGGGUUUGAUGCUGUAUUUGCAGUUACCGUAGGAGAUUCGGGCAACAACCUGGCUAAAGUAUGGAGUUCACACAACGUUUUAGCCUUGCUGGUAAAAGAAGAUCCUCGUGGUGUUUCUAUAGAGAAUGCCGAUCCUCGAACCAACCAAAUUACAUCAGGUAUUUCUUCAGUUCGGAUUGCGUGAACUGGCUUUUGUUAUUUAAUCCAUGCGUCAUAAUUACCAUAUUUAGAUGGUAAGCAUGAUUCAAAUUGUUUCGAGAUUAAGAUAGGACGACCUUCCUAAAACCAAUAAAUCGAUUUUAUUGUUGAAUUUUCUUCGAAUAUUGUAACACAUAAAUAAAGUAGGUGAGUUAUGAACUUUGCAUAUCCAGAGCAGAUUUAAAAU